AUGUCUCCACUCCCAACCUCCCAUUGCCCCAACCUCCCAUUCCCCCAACCCCUCCAGCCAACCCCCUCCAGCCAACCACUUUCAGCCAACCCCAUCCCCCAACCCCCUCCAGCCAACCACUUCCAGCCAACCCCAUCCCCCAACCCCCUCCAGCGAACCACUUCCAGCCGACCCCCUCCCCCAACCCCUCCAGCCAACCACUUCCAGCCAACCCCCUCCCCCAACCCACUCGAGCCAACCACUUCCAGCCGACCCCCUUCCCCCAACCACUUCCAGCCAACCCCCUCCUGCCAACCCCCUCCAGCCAACCCCAUCCCCCAACCCCCUCCAGCCAAAAUGUCUCCACUCCCAACCUCCCAUUCCCCCAACCUCCCAUUCCCCCAACCCCCUCCAGCCAAUCCCCUCCAGCCAACCCCCUCCCCCCAACACCCUCCAGCCAAAAUGUCUCCACUCCCAACCUCCCAACCCCCUCCAGCCAACCCCUCCAGCAACAUGUCUCUACUCCCAACCCCCCAACCCCCUCCAGCAACAUGUCUCUACUCCCAACCCCCCAACCCCCUCCAGCAACAUGUCUCUACUCCCAACCCCCCAACCCCUCCAGCAACAUGUCUCUACUCCCAACCCCCCAACAACCCUCCAGCCAACCCCCCAACCUCCUCCAGCCAACCUCCUCCAGCAACCCCCCCAACCUCCUCCAGCCAACCCCCUCCAGACCCCCAACCCCUCCAGACACCCCCCAACCCCCUCCAGACCCCCCCCAACCCCCUCCAGACCCCCCAACCCCCUCCAGACCCCCCUUGGUCUGUUUCACAAGCGUUCCAGGAAGUCUCUGAUGUUGCACAUCUGGGUUCAGAAACUCUGUGA